AAGAAAAAAAAAAAUCUUGAGUCAGUUCUCACACUCCCCAAUAUCAGGCACAGAUGUGGCGAAUAGAGCUCCCGGCAGACGCAAGAACUAUAACCUUUAAUAAUUAAUAGAAAACUACUUCCAAGAUGCAGGAUUUUAUGGAGGUUACAGCACUUUUCCUGGGUUUUGGCAGUUGGAUACUAGUUUACGUUUCACUGGUGGAUCAAUAUUGGAAAGAAUCGACCCAAGAUGGGAGCGUAAUUUUAACUUCUGCCGUCUAUGAGAACCUGUGGAUGUCUUGUGCAAGCGAUUCUACGGGGGUCUAUGACUGUCGGGAGUUUCCUUCCCUCUUAGCUCUCCCAGGGUACAUCCAGGCCUCCCGAGCGCUGAUGAUUGCCUCCAUUGUGUUUGGGGCGUUUGGCCUUGUGGGGACCCUCGUGGGGAUGCAGUGCACCAAAGUAUGCGGAGAAAACUAUGUUCUGAAAGGCCGGGUCGCGGCGAUCGGAGGGGUGUUCUUUUUACUUCAAGGGCUUUGCACCAUGAUUGCUGUGUCUUGGUAUGCAGCUAACAUCACCCAGCAGUUCUUCGACCAGCUUUAUGCUGGGACAAAGUAUGAGCUUGGACAGGCCCUCUACAUCGGCUGGUCAUCCGCUGUACUCGCCCUCUGUGGAGGCUCCUGCCUGUUGUGCGCUUGCAAACUACAUUCUUCCAGUGAAAAGAUGUCCUACCCAUACCAGCCAGCCUCCAGAAGACGCGUGCUGUCUACUGUGGCAACGUCUCAGUCGGCACAGAUCAACUAUGGCAGGAACGCUUAUGUCUGAGAGGCAACAUCAGCAGAUCCUUUCUUUUCCUUAACAAAUGAUGAAGGUUUAAAUUUACUUAGUAUACUAAGAAAUGACAGCGUGAACAUUUUGACGGCAUUUGAUUUUGUGGAUUUGCCGUAAACUUGAUCAGAUAUUAACUCCAUCGAUGCAAAGUAAGAUUUGUGCUGUAUAAACUGUUACUGCAGGUUACCUUUCCUUUUUUGUACUCAAAGGAUUUCCAAUGACUCACAAUCGGAUUGCGUAAAGAUUCAUAAAUCCAUUAAAAAAAUGUAUACAACCA